ACUUUAAGCAGAAGAUUGGCUGAGAGUAUGCAGGAAGUUUGUCGCAAUGGAUUCUGGUUAUAAAUAACCUAGGAAAACGGAAGGGGAAAAACAAAACAAAGUAAGAAGCAAUGGAUUCCAAACAUCAGCGUGUGAAACUGAGUGAUGGCCACUUCAUUCCUGCACUGGGAUAUGGCACCUAUAAGCCUCAGGAGGUUCCUAACAGUAAAACCUUGGAGGGCACCAAAUUGGCUAUAGAUGCUGGAUUUCGCCAUAUUGAUACUGCAUAUGCUUACCAAGUAGAAGAGGAGGUAGGACUGGCCAUUAAAAGCAAGAUUGCAGAAGGUCGUGUAAAGAGAGAAGAUAUAUUCCUCACUUCUAAGCUUUGGUGUACUUGUCAUCGACCAGAGAUGGUCAAACCCAGCUUGGAAAGUUCGCUAAGAAAACUUGGUUUGGACUAUGUUGACCUUUAUCUCAUUCACUACCCAGUGGCUAUGAAGCCAGGAGAAGACCUUUUUCCAGCAGAUGAAAAGGGAAAAACAUUGUUGGAUACAGGAGACAUAUGUGCCACAUGGGAGGCCAUGGAGAAGUGUAAGGAUGCAGGAUUGGCUAAAUCCAUUGGAGUUUCUAACUUUAACCGCAGACAGCUGGAGAUGAUAUUGAAUAAACCAGGACUCAAGUAUAAGCCUGUCUGCAACCAGGUGGAAUGCCAUCUUUAUCUCAACCAGAGAAAACUGCUGGAUUUCUGCAAGGCUAAAGAUAUUGUGUUGGUUGCUUAUUGUGCUCUAGGAUCUCAACGAGAAAAACGAUGGGUAGACCCGAGUGCUCCAGUUCUCUUGGAAGAUCCAGUUCUUUGCGCUGUGGCAAAAAAACACCAGCGAUCUCCAGCCCAGGUUGCCCUGAGAUACCAACUGCAGCGUGGGGUUGUGGUUUUGGCUCAGAGUUUCAAGGAGAAGGAGAUAAAAGAGAACGUGCAGGUCUUUGAAUUCCAGUUGACUUCUGAAGACAUGAAAAACCUAGAUGGUCAGGACAGAAAUUUUCGAUAUGCUUCUGCUGACUUUCUCGCUGAUGACCCUAAGUACCCAUUUUCUGAUGAAUAUUAAUAUGGAUGUGGUUCUCGUGACUUCUGUUGGAUCUACCUGGGUGUGGACAAUGGUGAAGGAAAAUCACAGAUGCUGCUGUUUGAACGUAUCACUUCUCAAACUGUAUUUGUUAAGAACUCACAGUUACCUAAUCCUCACUCCUUACACUCACAAGAGAAUGCAAUAAAUAUCAGAAAGUUUUCGAAAAAAUAUGAAA